AUGUUGAGACGUGCGGUGAAUAUAUCCAUUGCCAGAGGGCGCAUGGCGUUGAUGAGCUACGCGACGCUGCCUGACCUUUUAAAACCAAGUGGCGCCCCGGCCGAGUUGCCCAAGUUGGGGUUUAACUGGAAGGAUGGAUGUGCCCCUGUCUUCAGCCCGCGCCAGAUGGAAUUGCACUACACCAAACACCACAAGGCGUAUGUGGACAAAUUAAAUGCGCUGGCAGGGACAACAUACGAUGGGAAGAGCAUUGAGGAGAUUAUCCUUGCGGUCGCAAAUGACGCCGAGAAGAAGGGUCUUUUCAACCAAGCCGCACAGCAUUUUAACCACACCUUUUACUUCCGUUGCAUCACCCCUAAUGGGAAGGCGAUGCCAAAGUCCCUUGAGUCUGCUGUUACGGCCCAGUUUGGUUCGGUGGAACAGUUUAAAGAUGCCUUUGUGCAGGCAGGGGUGAAUAACUUUGGCUCGGGUUGGACGUGGCUGUGCGUGGACCCGUCGAAUAAGAAUCAGCUCGUUAUUGACAAUACGAGCAACGCCGGAUGUCCCUUAACGAAGGGACUGCGCCCCGUCCUCGCAGUGGAUGUGUGGGAGCAUGCGUACUACAAGGACUUUGAAAACCGCCGGCCGGAUUACUUGAAGGAGAUCUGGUCGGUCAUCGACUGGGAGUUUGUUGCAAAGAUGCAUGCGCAGGCAAUAAAAUAA